UAACAUGGCGUCGAACGCUAAUUCGGACUGGAAAGGCGAUAUUCUAGAUUUAUUAAAACGAAGAAAUAAGGGACAAACGCACUCAUAUAUUGGUCUUAUUCAAGCACAAAAUAAGUUGUUGGAGAUAGCGACCAGACUAAAGUCAGAAAACAUCCAUUUGCAGCUGGAAUCAGAAAAACUCAAAGAAGAAAACUUAUCUUUACAAAUAAAAGCAGAAGCAGGCGGUGGUGGUGGGGGGGAGAAGACCCAGGUGCUGGAACACAAGCUGUACAAGCUGCAGGAAGAGCUGACGGAGCUGCACAGAAAACGAGGCGAGAAUGCCCAGCAGAUAAUAGACUUGAACAAUGCUCUGCAGGAGAAAGAGAAAGCUCUGCAGUUGAAAGAUGCCAAGUUGGCUGAUUCGGAAGUCCACAUUAAUGCUCUUCAGAAUGCACAGAGGCACCUGGAACAGACGAUUGUCGAACUGCAGGCAACCAAUCAGAUGUUGAAGGAUGAACACCAGGCUCUACAGAUGGCGUUCAGUGCGCUGGAGGAGAAGUACCGGGGGGUACAGGAUGAUAACCGCGAGCUCGUCGAGCGGUGGAUGUCACAGAGGUCAAAGGAGGCCGAUAAGCUCAAUGCAGAAAACGACACUUUCUUAAAAAAACGACAGGUGAUGCUGCAGAAGGAGUUAGCUGAUGCAGCUAGGGAGCCAGUUGUAGAUUUAACAAAAGAAUUUAUGCACGGGCAAGCUGCUCCGCUGUGUAUUAGUGCAUCCGUUCCCAGCAGAAUUCAGGCUGAACUGGAAGCGCAUGAGAAUGAGGUGAACGCCAUACAGUGGAGUUUGUCGGGUCGAAUGUUCGCAACUGGUGGAGCAGACAGGAAAAUUAAACUCUGGGAAGUCGUCAAUGGUAACUGUAUUCAAAAAGGACUUCUUAUGGGAAGCAAUGCAGGCAUCACAGCUCUGGAAUUUGAUUUAGAGGAUAGUUUAAUACUUGGUUCUUCCAAUGACUUUGCAAGUCGAGUUUGGGGUUUACAAGAUCACAGAUUGAGGCACACCCUGACUGGACACAGUGGGAAGGUUCUUCGAGCGAGGUUCUUCAGCGAUGUAAAUAAAGUAGUAUCCGGCAGCCAUGACAGAACAUUGAAACUCUGGGAUCUACAUAGCAAAGCAUGUGUUAAAACGAUAUUUGCUGGUUCCAGUUGUAACGACCUCGUCACGCUGCAUGGUAACCACAUCAUUUCGGGUCACUUUGAUAAACGGGUUCGGUUCUGGGACACAAGGUCCGACACGAGUGCCAACGAAAUCUUGCUGCAGGGGAGACUGACGUCGUUAGAUCUAUCGCCAGAUCGAGGCAGUUUAUUGUGUUGUACCAGAGAUGACAGUAUGAAGAUUAUAGACCUUAGAAUGAAUCAAGUUUCAAACACAUUAUGUGCAAAUGGGUUUCACGUCGGCUGUGACUGGUCAAGGGCUGUGUUUAGUCCUGAUGGCAGCUACUGCGCUGCUGGUUCGAGCGAUGGCAACAUUUUUGUCUGGAAUAUUUCUACAAACAAAGUGGAGAAGGUUCUCAAGGGACACAGUCACGCUGUUAAUGGUGUUUCCUGGAAUCCGAUUGGCUCGUCAAUACUCAGCUGUGAGCGGUCGCGAAAAAUCAUCUAUUGGUCGGACUUCUGAAGCGUGCAAUGCAUACUGCGACUGUGAUAUUCUUGAUGCUGAUUGGCUGGCAGCUCGCUGACAAACUGACUAAUAGAACUCCAGGGAAAUCUCCUUCUCUGUGGGUGCAUGCACACACAUGAUAACAUUAAACCACCCAGUUAUUGACAGUGAUGGAUGUAUAUUUUUUUCUACUACGAUUUCACUACCACCAGAAUUAUGUUCCAGUAUUGCAUGCAUAGCGGGUGUCGAAAUAGGUGAAGAAUAACUGUUAAGUAAGGAGGACGUUACCAUCUGUUAAUAAAGUAGAGAAUAAAACCCAGAUUUCCGAAACUAUCAUAGCGCUAUGAUAUCAUAAAACUGUUGUAGGCUAUGGCAUGACUACUAAUGACGUCAUAGCUUAAGAUGAUUUUACAAUAUCGUAGCGCAGAGAUAGCUUCGAAAAUCUGUAGCCAGUACUUCAUUAUUGACAAAAUUCACCAGUGAACAGUGUUUUGAGCAUUAUUUGCUUCCUAUGUUUUUUUGUUUCAGUAUGAAAUAACAGCAAUUUGUUCCUCACUUUCACAUUUUAUAACUUCAAAAUACCGUAGUAUUGCCUGGUUUAAAAAACCCCACCAAAACAUGACUUGAAAUGUAGAUUUACUAGAUAAAUUAGUCUCCAUGAGUACUCGAGUACUCGGGCACGGACCAGGUCCAGCCAGACUCGACGAGUACCCACGCGAGAUGAAGACUCAG